ACCUUUCGACUCGCGCGCAGCCUCCACCAUUGUUCGCGGGCGCAUUUCUCUCACGUGGGAACUAUUGACUUUUUCGUGCUUUACUAGCAGCUUUAUUCAUCUGCAACCACCGCUAUCGCCGCACGUUGUACUUAUCUAUGGUUUUGUAGUGCAGCUCUAUUUAUGUUAUGGGCGAGAGAUACUGUGUGAUAUCAAGACUGGGAAUUGUGUGGUGAUGUGAUGUCCUCAGGGGAAAGUUGAGUGAUGAUCAGAUAGACAGAGUGCUUGGAUCUUCCUGUCCGAUAACCGGAGAGCAUGGCGAUCGCGCCGAUAUUCCGGGUCCUACUCAUCGCUCUCAUAGCAAGAUGUAGAUGCGAGCCAACCAAUUUGCCCUACUCAAAAGCGAAAACGCCUUCACAAUUCGGCGAGCUGCUGAAACCACCGCCACCGCCGCUAGCGAAUAUAAUUCCCGUGCCAUUUCAUGGAGGGGCAUCGAGAUUGCAAAGGCAAAAUGUGGACGUGGGAUAUGUUUACCAGCCUCCACCACCUCCGCCUCCCCCACCUCCUUCACAGGAUUUCAAAUUUCCUGCACCGUUUUACAAACAAUAUAACUUUAACUUUGUACCACCACCUCAACCUUUUACGACGACUCCAUCUCCCUCUUUGUUUCAAAAAGUGUCCGGGUGGCUGUUCCCGUCUCAGCAAACGAGCUACGAACCUUCAGUGUAUAAUACGAAUAGCAUAGCCCCGGUGAAAAAGGACUGCAACCCUUGUAAUUUAGUGCCAUGGAUACCAGUAAUAAGAUAUAAUUUAGGAGCUAAAAAUGUACAGCAUCAAACCCUGUUCCCGACUUACGGCCCACCAAGUCCCACGGCAUAUGCGCCGAACUUUAUUCACCAAUUCAAGCCUCAACCUUUUGAGCAAUUUAAGCCUCCUCAAUUGUCACCGGGUGUUCCACAUGCUGUUUACGGACCACCACAGACAAGCUCAUUUGUCAGCCCAAGUUCAACGUACGGACCGCCUAGCCCGACACAUACUAUUGCGGUGCCAUCACAAAGUCCACUCAGUUCACCAUUCACUGCAGAAAACACGUAUACUCCUCCAAGUUCUUCAUAUGGGGUACCUAGUUCGUCGUAUGGGCUACCGAGUACAACAACAAUCGGUCAACCCAGUUCAUCAUUUGGCGCUCUUAGCUCAACAUACGGCGUACCCAGUUCAACUUAUGGAUCCCCAACAUCUAUAUACGCUACACCGGCCCCAAAUUACGAAAUACCUCGUCCUGUGACCAACAGUUUCACACCUAUCACAUCAAAUUAUGAACCAACGUUAAUAAACAAAAAUUUACCACCUCAGAGUGAUGUUGACGUUUUCAAAGAUACAGAAUUAUCGAAUGAAUUGCAAUUACCCAAAGUAAAUCAACCUACAGGAUUCAGAAAUUCGUACGGAGAGCCCAUAACAAAUACUUACUCUAUAGAUAUAUCGUAUCCUGGCUCAGCGACAGCAGCAGAAUCAAAUAAAGUAAAGACAGAAGUGUUGCCCAACGAUGGCAAAAAGUCAGCAACGCCGAAUAUGUCUUUGGCAUUAGCUAAUCCAGCACCAUUUAGUCGAGGAAGAAACAUUCAUACUUUACAACCUGUUGCAUUACCAAAUCUCAGUGUAUCUCCUUUACCACCAAUAUUCAAUGCGCGACCAUUUAGACCAAUUAUAGGACAAUCAUUUUCGAAGAACGUAGUUAAGGGAAUAAACUUAAUGCAGCAAAAUACAAACAAUGUGAACAUAGACCAAAGUGUUCCUCUUGCGGAAUUCACACAUUCUAUCGACUAUCCACCGUCUUUUAUAAAAUCAACUAUAAUUGAUAUUGGUGAAACGAAACAAAAUCAAAGUAAAGCGUAUCGAAAUAUACCGAACCAUUUUACAGUCGAUGAUGUUCGCGACGUAUCAUCACAAGCUUCCGAAGAUCAUAUUGCGGCUACUAAAUCAAAUCAAGAAGCAAGUUUUGAGAGCACCGGCGCCGAAUAUGGAAACGAUUUGUAUGAUAAUGGUUUACCUUCCGGUCUGAGACAAAACUAUAACAUCCCUUCUAAUCACAAAACUGGCUUUGCUGACUUAAGAGGAGUCAAAGAUGAAGAUGUAGAUAAAUAUCGAAUCGAGAAUAAUUUACAGAAUAUAGAUUCUCCAUUGUUGUAUUUAAAACCCAGUGCCCCACAUAAAGACUUUGAAAACUUUGUUACAUUAUCAACACCAGGCAGUGACAACGACUAUGAACUUUAUGAUGAAGUACCAACGACUACAGCUCCUCAGGUAUCAACUAUUCCUAGUGCUUGGGAUGAAAGUCGCAAUGAUUAUAGCGAAACUUUAUUCCCGCCACCUGUAUCACAAGAAAAAGAAACUAAACCAAAGAUCGUCCAGAUUAUUGUUCCAUACACCACGGGUCAAAAUGGUGGCCAAAACAAUGUAGAUUUCAAUCAAGUUCCUGACCAUUGGACGUCUGCCCCGGAAGACGAAUAUCAAGCUAGAAAAGUUCCGUCCAAUACUGAAAAUUUGCACUUUAGUACUGUGACAGAAAGUUACAACACGGAAGAACCACCAGUGACUCAAAAUUAUGAUUCAGAUAGAUUAAAUACUCACUCUAUUUUAAACGAUUUGUAUGAUGUGAAAGAGCCUCCGUUUGAUAUUAUAAAAUUACAACACACUAUCGAUGACUGGACAGAGCAAGAAUAUUCAAAGCAUUUCCAAACACCCGAUAGAAGACGUCCAAGUGUAAAAUAUGCUAAACAGAUUCCAGACGAAUAUUUAACUACUACGAAUCCUAUAACAUCCUUCGUAAUAGCCCCAACCAACUAUGAUUUUUACGACCAUGUAGGAUCCAGUAGCAUCAAACAUGCCGUGAUUGACGAUCGAAACAGAACAUUUAGCAAAUCUCUCAAAGAGUAUAAUAAUAUUGAGCGAACUAAAACAAAACAUAAUAGUGCUAAAAAUGAAGAGGAAAUCAAGAAACCUUAUAUUUACACAGCAGCCUCAUCUUUUAGGAGUACAACUACUACACCAGCACCGUGGGGUAAACUACAGACUUCGAUAUCGCCGUUGACAAAGGAAAAAGUUUAUGUAGUAACAGCAAAACCUUGGCGAGAAGCAUCUCCAGGCAUUGACAAGCCAAACGAAUGGUACUCUGUUGAUUUUGAAUCAAAGAAAACGGGCUUGGAUAAUGAUGUUACUGCGUCGGACAGUUUGCCAUUUAAGUCUCCAAGAUUUCCACAUCGACCGUCAUUUGGUUUUACGGGGACCGGAAGUGGCAAGACUGAGUCCCUGAAAUCUGAUUCUUCGUUUGCUUUCUCUAGAAGUUGGUAUCAGAGCAUAAACGAACUGGAGAAUCAACAGAACAACACUACAACAUUAUCAGGAGGUCCGGAACAAAGUACUACCACUAACAGUCACACUGAGGAGACUAAUGUACCUAACACGGAAGAGGAUACAGCAAACACAACGACUGCAGAUCCUCCUGAGACAGAAGGGACGUAAAGUGCUAAGGAUAUAACGUGAAGUGCCUAAAUAAAAACUUAUAUUAGUGAAAAACAAAUUUGCCAAACUAUAUUUUAUAAACAAGUGUGUCUUGGUGAAUAUGACAGAUUUGUGAAUUAGAACUAUGAGACUUUCGUUUAAGAUUAACCUUGAAUAAAAGGAAACCCGAGCAAAUUAAGAAGAAAACCAUACCCUGAGUGUUCUUUUUAAUUUGAUCAUGAAAAUAAGUGAACCAAAGUAGGACUUUAUUAUAUAUUUGCCAAAUCAAUAACUUUUUUGUUCACUAUAAUAUUAAUUUUAAGUUUUGUACCUUUAUAAUUACCUUCUGACACCUUGUAUUUACAAAUGCUAAGAGUUCUAUAUAAAAUUGUAAAUAGUAUGUAACACUGACUGUAAAUAAAGGUAAUAAAAUAAUUCUCACUGCUGUUUUUUCUUAACAUGGUGACGUAGGUAAUACAAUAGUGAAAUAAGAAACGUUGCUGCCUAUGUCAUCUUUUAAGUUCAUUCGCAAAACUAUAAUAAGUCUGAUUUAAUCAAUUAAAUAAUCGUCUCCAAAAUAACAUACACGAAUUAUCAGUUCUUUUGCAGUACAAUAAAUAUAUUACAUGUACCACGUA